CCCAAAGUAACCGUUCAAGAGGCUACAAGGUUUGCGUGGGCACGAUGCAGGGCUUCAAUAUGGGGCGGUACAUACCGCCAGCGUCAGAAGACCCGUCUCUGUCCUCUAGUGCGGUCGGCGGCUUCAACUCGCAAAAAGGCCAUCCGCUCGGAUCUCGCUUCAGCAAAGCCAAAGAUGGCAUUAUCAAGAUUCGCUUUGAAAUGCCAUUUGACACGUGGUGUGAGACGUGCAAACCCGAAUUUCUUAUCAAGCAAGGAGUUCGCUUCAAUGCCGAGAAGAAGAAAGUAGGGAAUUACUUGAGCACGCCCAUAUGGGAGUUCAGUUUUAGACAUCCACCAUGCUCAGGAAGUAUUGUCAUAAGGACGGAUCCUGAGAACACUGCGUACGUAGUGUCUUCUGGCGGCAGAAAGAAAGCAGGCGCUUCCACGACUGCGCUGGAGCGAGACUAUGGCGAGAUUUUGACGGAAGAGGAGCGAGAACGGCGGAGGAACGAUGCUUUCGCUCGCCUCGAAGGUCAGGUAGAGGAGAAGAUACAGGUGAAGGCCGAUAGCGCUAAAUUAAAGGAGCUUUAUCAAGCGCAAAGUCGGAAUUGGAACGACCCAUACGCUGCGAAUCAAAGAUUACGACGGGACUUUCGUGUGGGCCGAAAGCAACGAGAAGCCGCUGCCAAGGAGAAAGAAGAAGUGGCUGAAAGAUAUGGAUUGGGAAUAGAACUACUUGACUACACUCAAGAAGACGCAGAUCGUGCCGCAUUGGUUGAUUUUGGAGAUAAAAAUUUGGCUGAGAACAAUGUCGAAAAAUCACUCGCCAAACCGCUGUUCUCCAAAGGCGCGCAAGUAUCAGAUGAACGACCGUCGGGUGUGACGAAAUCGGAAUGGGAUAAGCAGAAAGCGGCAAAAUCUUUCCAACACAACGUCGUCUUGAAUACGAAGGCGAAGAUGAAUCCUUUUGGUACAGGGAUAUCGGCGUGGUCUGCGCCGCGGAAACGGCCGAGAGCAGCGAUGGACAGCAAUGUUUCCAGCAUGCCACACGUUAUUAAGCGCACAGCUUCAGAAGAGCAGGAGUCUGUUCUGCCAAAGCAGGCCAAGCUGGUUACGUAUGACGAUUCAGGAGAUGAAGCUUGAAAUGGUUAUCGGGAACAUGAACAUGCCUACAACCGGACUC